AUGACACUCGAACAACUGGAAGCAAACCAGGUUUCGAUGAGAACCGACAUUGACUCCAUGCAGGCAAAGAUGGAUCGCUUGCUAGAAACUAUGCUACUCUUGGCCCAGAAGGAGAAGGAUGCUGAGACUAACGCUGAAGCCAGGAAAGUUGCUGCCGAGUUUGGAUCGCCAUCACUUAGCAUCCCUGGAGUGAUUGACCUUGAUGGUAACCCUAAUCAGCCUAGAGGAGGACCGAUCCCUAUUCCUGUUCCCAUGGUCAACAUGAACCCCCAUGAGCACUCUGCUACAUCUGCUCACCAUGGAUCUGUGAUAGGUGAUGAGGAUCCAUAUGAUGCCUUCUUCAUGCCACAACCCGCCAAGCUUGCUGUUGGAGGUCUCCCAGACCCAGCUGUUGAUAGACUCCAUGCUUUGGAGGAAAAGUUUAAGUCCUUGGAGGUUCACACUACUCCCGGUUUAGACGCCGUUGAUAUGUGCUUGGUGCCAGGAUUGGUGAUUCCACAGAAGUUCAAAGUCCCAGACUUUGACAAAUACAAAGGGAUCAGCUGCCCAAGAACACACCUUAGAGCUUACUGUCGUAAGAUGGCUGCCCACAUCAACAUGACUCAACGCAACAAUGAGUCAUUCAAAGAGUACGCACAACGCUGGAGAGAGCUUGCAGCUCGCGUCCAACCUCCUCUUCUUGAUAAAGAAUUAAUCGACAUGUUUAUGGGAACUCUGCACACCCAGUACAUGGAGAAAAUGGUAGGGUCCAGCUUCCCAGCAUUUGCUGAGGUUGUCUCUGUAGGAGAACGGAUUGAAAGUCAAAUUAAGAAAGGAAAGCUACCUUGCGCUGCCAAUGCUUCAAGUGGGGUGAAGAAACCUUAUCCCAAUCUCCCAAAGAAGCCGGAAGGGCAGACCAAUGCCAUAAUGAGAGGAGGAGGAUAUAGGGCACGUCCGUCUGUUCCUAUGCCUUACGAUCAGGUUGCCGCUGUCAUCCAAACACCAUACCAGCAACCCUAUCAGCAACCGUAUCAACAACCAUAUCAACAACCGGCUUACCAGCAGCCACAUCAGAAUCAACAGCAACAUGCUCAACCACGUCCACCUAACCAGCAGAGGGCAAGGAGGCCAGAAAGACAUUUUGAUCCUUUACCAGUAUCAUAUAGCAAGAUCCUCCCCUACCUACUAAAGGAUGGAUCAGUUGUUCUGAAGGAGCUAACACCUGUGAUAGCGAGAUUUGUUAUUGAUCCUACCAUCAUCCUUUUGGUGAUGGAGAUCUUUGUUGUAGCCACUGUAACCAUCACCCUUUUGGUGAUGAUUACUUUUGAAGCUCGGUUUAUCCAUCAUUCUUUUGGUGAUGAUAAUCCUGACAAUCUUGGUGCUGACAACAUCGGUUCAAAGACAUCACCAGCUCGUCAAGUUGUCGACACCAACAAACGAUUCCAAGUUGCUGCUGCUAUGACUUAA